GAUUUCUACUCCCGACCAAAACUCUUAUUUUGACAGGACGCUGGGUAAGGGAUGCUGCCCGUUGCUCAGUCAGCGCUCAGUGCUUCACUCAGUGGAAAAUGGCUUCGUCCUUUUGGAAAGGCGUCGUUGGUCUGGGCCUGUUUGCGCUGGCCCACGCAGCGUUCUCGGCGGCACAGCAUCGAUCAUACAUGCGACUAACAGAAAAAGAAAAUGAGACUCUUCCAAUAGAUAUAGUCUUACAGACGUUAUUAGCGUUUGUGAUUACAUGUUGUGGAAUAGUCCACAUCUCUGGUGAGUUUAAAGACAUGGACGCUUCUUCAGAGCUCAAACACAAGACAUUUGACACGUUGAGAAACCACCCCUCUUUCUACCUGUUUAAUCACCGAGGCCGGGUGCUCUUCAGCUCACCUGACCAAGAGGCUGCCACUCCGUCUCCUCAGGCCUUGCCCUCCAAUCCCCUGCGGUUACGCAAGCUGGAGAACUUUCACUGAGACUAGCCUUGAAAGGGCUGCCUUGCCCGUUUUGCCCUUUUCUCCUCUCUGCAUCAGUAAGCUCCUCGGUUGGAAAGGGAAGAUCAACCUGUUUUUCCUUUCACUUCUCUUCGUGCAUAUGUGACUAUGCUGUACAAAUCUGCAUCUCUUCAUCCACGUGAUUAUUACUAUUACUUACUACUACUACUACUACUUCAAAGUCUUUGGACUGUGCCAACUCCUCUUUUUUUUCUCCCUCCAACUCCUACAUUUGUUAAUGUGGUAGUAUUGUGUGGGAGUCUUAAAGCUCUGAAAUGCACAUCUGUUCCCCUUCAGAUGGCAGACAGAGAAGAGUGACGUCAUCCUGCUGUUGCACAAGGGGCACACAUCCCCGUCACCCUUACCGUUUGGUUUGCCACAAUUCCUGCUGUGCUGCCAUGUUUUACUGAAAUAUGUUUUUGGAUUUUUUUUUUCUCUACUCCAUGUGAUCUGCUCAAAGGAGGCUGAUACAAUGGACCAUUGCUUGUAUGUGUUUUCAGAUAUUAUGUAUAUGACUGAUGGACUUCAAAAAAUAGCAUUUCGUAUGCAAAUAAUACUAUUUAAGGAUUUAAGGUUAGAGAAAUUAAUAAAACGAUGUCUGGUCGGGGGAAAAGAGAAGUAAAUAGGUUUAAUAACGACAUUAACAAUACUGUGAACAUGCAGCUAAUGGUACACCUGACUUUAUUGGGUGGGUGGGAGCACUGUUUUGUUCUGUUUUUGUUUUUUUCAUUUGUUUUAUGUUAUGAUGCAUCUGAUUAUUUCUAACUUAAUAAAAUAAAAACUGAGAUUUUA